AUGAGCACCGCAGCACCAUACGCGGAGUCUACAGAGGAGAAGGCCACCCACCUCUCGGAGGUUGAGACCGACGGUGACAGGGCCGGCACUUCAAUUGCUGCCCAGCUCAAGACAUGGCACCCUAGCCGUGGCCACAAGAGCAUCGCCGCCUCCCUCUUCCCCACCUUCUCGUUCGACAAGGGCAUCGACCCCACCACUGGUGGUCCCCUCACUAAGAACCCCAUCAAGCUCCUCCGUGGCAUGAGCCCCAUGGGCUGGGCCAUGUUCUUUUCGGGUUGGUUCUGCUGGACCUGUGACGGUUACGACUACUUUGCCGUGUCGCUCACGACCAAGGAGCUCGCCGCCCAGUUCGGCAAGGACACGGCGGACAUUACCCUGGCCAUCACCCUCACCCUCCUCUUCCGUUCGCUUGGCGCAGUUAUCUUUGGUCUCCUUGCCGACCGCUACGGUCGCAAGUGGACUCUGGUCAUCAACACCCUCCUCAUCUGUGUCUUUGAGCUCGGCUCGGGUUUCGCCAACACCUACGCGCAGUUCCUCGGUAUCCGUGCCAUGUUCGGUAUCGUCAUGGGCGGAAUUUGGGGACAAGCCGCCGCCACCGGUCUUGAAAACGCCCCCGUCCACAUGCGUGGCUUCCUGUCGGGCGUUCUGCAGCAGGGUUACGCCGUCGGAUACCUCCUUGCGGCCGUCAUCAACCUCACCGUCGUCCAGUACUCGCCCUACACCUGGCGCUCGCUCUACUUCAUCGGUGCCGGCUUCUCGCUUGCGGCCGCAAUUGUCCGUGCCCUCCUCCCCGAGUCGCAGCAGUUCAUCCUUGCUCGCGAGGAGGCCAAGGCUAGCGGUGUGAGCGGCAAGGCGGCCACCAAGGCGUUUGGCCACGAGAUCAAGCAGAUGCUCAAGACCAACUGGAUGCGCUGCAUCUGGGCUAUCAUGAUCAUGACUGGUUUCAACUUCUUCUCGCACGGCUCGCAGGACCUCUACCCCACCUACCUCCAGACUACCAAGUUCCUCACGGCCAAGCAGGCUUCCAAGGUCACCAUCAUCUCCAACGUCGGUGCUAUUGUCGGCGGUACAUUCGGCGGCUACAUCAGCCAGUACAUGGGACGUCGUGCUGCCAUCCUCAUGGGUCUCGUUUGGACCGCCUGCUGGAUCCCUCUUUGGAUCCUCCCCAAGUCGUUUGCUGGCCUCGCUGCGGGCGGAUUCUGGCUGCAGAGCGGCGUUCAGGGAUGCUGGGGUAUUGUUCCCAUCUACCUCGCCGAGAUUUCGCCUCCUGCCUUCCGUGCCUCGUUCGGCGGUCUCGCGUACCAGCUCGGUAACAUGGCUUCUGCCGGUUCUGCCCAGAUCGAGGCUACUGCCGGCAAGACGCUCAAGCUCAAGGGUAUCACCGACAAGACCGGUGCUGCCAUCCCCGACUAUGCCGCCAUCAUGGGUAUUCUGAUCGGCUGCGUUAUUGCCUGGAUGCUUGUCUGGACCAUUCUUGGCCCCGACGCCGACGGAUCCCACUUCGAGCAGGCCAAGGUUGCGUUCCAGUCUGGUGCCGGUGAGACCACCACCACUGCCCUCGUCGAGAAGCACGACCGGGAGCACGUCGAGAACCUGCCGGAGGUUCGUCGCAGCACCGACCAGCAGCACACAAUUGCUUAG